AUGCAAACCACCGCCCCGGCCAAUCAGCUCCUGGGGGCGGGGCCUCCCACUCUGAAGGCACCUGUGGCCGCCGGGGUGCUCGGAGCUCUGUGCCGCUGCCGCCGGGUCGGUGCGCGAGCGUCCGAGGGUCCAGGUGGAGCAGACCAAGGUCACUCCACCCAGCCAGGGACAAUGGGGAGGAAAAAAAUCCAGAUCUCCCGCAUUCUGGACCAAAGGAACCGGCAGGUGACAUUUACCAAGCGGAAGUUCGGGCUGAUGAAGAAGGCCUAUGAACUGAGUGUGCUCUGCGACUGUGAGAUCGCCCUCAUCAUCUUCAACAGCGCCAACCGCCUCUUCCAGUACGCCAGCACGGACAUGGACCGUGUGCUCCUGAAAUACACGGAGUACAGUGAGCCCCACGAGAGCCGCACCAACACCGACAUCCUCGAGACACUGAAGCGGAGGGGUGUGGGCCUCGAUGGGCCAGAGCUGGAGCCAGAUGAGGGGCUUGAGGGGCCAGGAGAGAAGCUACGGAGGCUGGCAGGUGACGGGGGUGACCCAGCCUUGCCGCGACCCCGGCUCUAUCCAGCAGCCCCCACUAUGCCCAGCCCCGACAUGGUAUAUGGGGCUCUGCCCCCACCAAGCUGUGACCCCAGUGGGCUUGGGGAGGCCGUGCCUGCCCAGAGCCGCCCAUCCCCAUUCCGGCCAGCAGCACCCAAAGCUGGGCCCCCAGGCCUGGCACACCCUCUCUUCUCACCAAGCCACCUCGCCAGCAAGACACCACCCCCACUGUACCUGGCAGCAGAUGGGCGGAGGCCAGACCUCCCUGGUGGCCUAACUGGGGCCCGAGGGGGACUGAGCACCUCGAGAGGCCUGUAUGGUAGCCUGCAGAGUCCAUGUUCCACUGCCACCCCAGGACCUCCACUGGGGAGCUUCCCCUUUCUCCCUGCAGGCCCCCCAGAAUAUGGCCUUGGAGACCCCCCUCCGCCCCCGGGCUUGCUGCAGCCCCCUACCCUGGCCCCCUGGCAGCCCUCCAGGGGGGAUGGUCCCCCGGCCGCCCCCGCCCAGCCCAGUGGGGGCCGCAGCCUGGGCGAGGAAGGCCCCCCGGCCCGCGGCGCCUCCCCGCCCACCCCCCCAGUCAGCAUCAAGUCCGAGCGCCUCUCGCCGGUGCCCGGAGGCCCCAGCGACUUUCCAAAGACCUUCCCCUACCCCUUGCUCCUGGCCCGGCCGCUGGCAGAGCCCCUACGGCCCGGCCCCCCGCUACGCCGGCUGCCCACUGCAGAAGGCUGGCCCCGGUAGUAGGCCCGGGGGGUGGCACCGAUCCUGCCCCCCAGGCCAGGCGGAGCGAGGGCAUGUGGGGUCUCAACCUCUCUCCCUGUGUCCUUGGAGAAGACCCAACAGUUGCGACCCUCUCCGUGGUUGUAAGAGGGGAAGGCUGGGUUCAGAUUCGCAAUUCUGGGCUCCUUCCCCCUUCCUGUGUGUGUAUCCAUCAAUAAAACACACGUGGCGUCCGUGGAUGAAA